AAUAGACGAGAUAAAUAUUUGCGUCGAACUAAAAGGGUGUCGUUUUUUAUUUAUCGCGCAGUAUCAAAGUACAAAUUCGACAAAGGUCAUAUGACAAUGCAGUUGAAAACAAAAAUAUUAAAAACUUUAAUAUUAGGCGCUCCUGCAUCGGGAAAGGGGACAAUAUCCUCCAGAAUAGUGAAGAAAUAUGGAUUUGAACAUGUUUCUAGCGGGGACAAAUUGCGAGACCAUAUUGUGAAACAAACUGAACUAGGAAAAGAUGUUAAAGGUUACUUAGACAAUGGACGGCUGGUUCCUGAUGAGGUGAUGAUUAAAUUUAUGGAGUCAGAACUUAAGAAAGUUGAAAACAGGUCAUGGCUUCUGGAUGGAUUUCCGAGAACAGUGGCUCAAGCUAAUGCAUUAUGGAAAGUGCAGCCUGUAGACAUAGUCCUCAAUCUGGUUGUGCCCUUUGAUGUGAUUAUUGACAGGGUUAAGAAUAGAUGGGUUCAUUUGGCAUCUGGUCGAGUCUACAAUAUCGGCUUUAACACACCUAAAGUGAUGGGCAAAGAUGAUGUGACUGGAGAAGAUUUGAUACAAAGGCCAGAUGACAAACCAGAUGCUGUUAAGAAACGAUUGGAAAUUUAUGAGAAUAUGACUAAACCUGUUAUAGACUUUUAUAAGACAAAAGGAAUUAUUAAAGAUUUUGAAGGUAAGACAUCAGAUGAAAUAUGGCCUAUGAUAGUUGAAUAUUUAGAUCCACUAGUAAAACAGUGAUAAAAGCGAUAAUUUGCACAAGAAAUGACUGACAAUGUUAUAAUGUUCUUUUAAAUGAAUAUGAGCCAUGAAAUAUUUUUCAAUAAUUUUUAGAACUUUUACUUUGUUAUUUAUGUAUUCAAUUAAUGUCUUCCAAUAAGUAUAACAAAUAAGUCAAACUUAAGUAUCAAAUAUAAGUGUACUUACUGAUAAUAAUUAGAUCCUAGUCAUUUUAUUAAUAUUUCAGCUUUUGUUUGGUAGCACAAAUUUUGACUUUAUAUUAUGAUUACAGUAAUAUAUUUAUCUGUAUAGAUUUAGUAAGAUUUUACUUUCGGGAGAAGGGUGCAAUGAAAGUGAACCAACCAAUAGUACAUACAAUAAUCUUUUUGCUUUAUUAUAAACAAGAUUGUCUUUAGGGUUCAUAAACCACACACCACUUCCAGGCCAUGCUCAUGUGUGAUUUUAAAUUCCUGUUCCUGUUUAUUGUUAAACCUUCACUUAUUUUAUAAACUAUUGCCUGCACCUUGGUAUAUUUCAAGGUACCUAUGGUAUAUCGAAUAUGUUUGUUAUUUAAUUUUAAGUAUUUAUUAAUAGAAAAUUGAAAAUAAAAAUGUUUACUGAGACAUAUCUAAUAUUUGUUCGCUAAGAAAGGUAGUGAAGUGUUAAUGAAGGUUGCAUAAUAAAUUGUAUUUUUUAAUACUAUUGUUACAUGAAGCUGGUUCAUAAUUCCAAAGUUAAAACAACUUAUGAGAAUUCACAUCUGUGCCUUAUAGGAAUAAUUAGUAUCACUUGUUAAUUAUUUAAAAUAUAAUUAAAAACCGUAUUGUAAGAGUUAUAAAAUAUCCAAUAUGACUUUUAUUUUCAUAAUGACCUGUGGUCAGUAUAAUUGUUAUUCACUUAGAUCAUUUGUAAAAUAUUAGAACAAAGUUACUAUAUUGCAUAAUUAUUGUUUGUUCUGUUAUAAAUUAUAAUAUUGUUAUUGAAUGAGUUAAUAAAUAUUUAAAAAAGUA